AACUAUCGUAGCCCCUUGCGACGUUUCCAUCACAAAAGGGAAAAAUAUAUUAUAACUUUCUCGAAGCAUGACAUGUGAAGUGAUAAAAUAUUUAUUUCACCUGAGCUCACCGAGAAGCUUUCAAGCAGCUGGAACAAUGAAGGUGCAGUCACAGUCUUAAUAACGCUGAUUACCUGUCAACUUCUUAAACAUUUCCAUAUUUCUUUCCUUUCUUAUUUAGAAAAGCCUUUUUUAGCUUUUUGUAACCUUAUUUCCUAAUUUAUUCUUUUUCUGGUUUUUAAAAAGCAGAAAAACAACUAGUGUUUAGGCAGAACAAUAGGCCAAUGCCAUGAUAGGUUUUAUAGCAUGUUCACCAAAGGAUGCUAGCUAUACCUUCAAGGUAUCGUUAGGUUCUUAUUUUCCCAAAAAACUCUCAACAAGUAACGUCCAAAAAUGUUGCUGGUUUAAUGGUAACCCGGCAAAUAGUUAACAAAUUUCUAUUUGAUAGAAAAGUGUGGCUUUUGAAAAGCUCUUUGGGCUUUGAAAAGGUGACAAGCAUUAAAACUGUUGAAAUUUCAUUUUUUUUAUGCAGACGGAGAGCUCGCCCAGCGGCAGGUGCUUAUAUCAAGAGGCAAAAAAAAAUACGACUUCUUUGCAUUUCCUUUUCUUUUUAUACGGUAAUUACUUAAUUCUUAGAUUCGUAAAUUGGGGAUGCAAUUAUAUCACUUCGGCUAAACCAUUACCAAGGAGCGCACCUACAAGCUGGAGUGAAAUUUGAGAGCUUAAUAGCUACAAGCAACUGCAUUGAAGUCUUCUUCAAUCGCUAAGAAUCAUCUGGUCAGUUGUCGACAAUAAUUUUGGGAAGGUUAUCAAAACCGAAAACAGCAAGUUGAUACAAAGCCGAAAACGCACGGGAUGAACUGGCCAAUAUCCUGGUUACAGUAAACAUCUCAUUAAAAAAGAAAGAAAAAUGUUUGCAGUAAAGAGACAGGCAGGAAAACAGUCAAGAAAUUUGAAACUGAACAACUUUUAAUUGUAAUAUCGCUUGCGAAAUAUUUCGUCUAGAUGCCUGCGAUGGGGGCUAAUACGUGUGGUGGUGUUUACGCCCCAAUAUAUCUAUCCAUCUUCACCACGACCGUCUCGUUUCUACUAACGCUUAUCACGAUCCCGGGUAACUUCAUCGUUUGCUACGCUAUCGUACGGGACCCUUUCAACGAGCUACGUACGCCCUUUAACUACUUUUUGCUCAGUCUUGCCACAACUGACUUGAUCGUAGGGGUUCUUAUGGACACGGUCUCAACAGUCUUUCAUCUCACUGAGGUGCUUAAAGUGGAUGUGGUGGAUAUUAGAAUCCUUCACAUUCUGUACUUCAUCCUAACAACCGCUUCAAUUCUCAGUCUAGCUGCCCUCACAUUUGACCGCUACAUGGCCGUUGUUUUUCCGGUCAAAUACAAACUAGAUUUGACAGGAAGACGGGCAAUCAUCGCGACUAUACUUAUCUGGAUAAUCGCACUCGGCGCAUCCUUCGUCUAUUUCAAACUCGGCUUCAUAUUUUAUUCGUUUAUUUUUGCAAACGCGGCGGUCAUCUUCACAUUCUGCGUACUUGUGUUUGUUUACGCGAGUAUCUUCAAGAAGCUGCGUGCGCAGAUCGCUCAGUGGAAGGCGCGUAAGCCGACUGGAGCAGCUGAGAGAAAAGAAGGUAAAAUGAAACUGCGUACGAUGACGCGCGAGAAUAAGGUGAUCCAAGCGCUCGUGAGCGUGCUGGUCGCUUACGCCAUGUGCUUUACCCCGGCGUGUGUCAUGAUCUAUAUGCUUAAUCUGUGCCACUCGUGUGACUGCGAGCUGAUCCACUGGCUGAGAGAUCUUCAGUUCGUCAUCGUUCUCUUGAACUCUGGGAUCAACCCGUACUUGUACGCAUUCCGUAUGCCGCAGUUCAAGAAGGUGAUUGUCCGCCUCCUGCCAUGCUCACGUUUAAACAGGGAAGUCGACAUUGAGACUUCGGUAUCGCAGCGGGGAAACAAUAAAGAACAUGCGCAGUAACGACUUUGAUAUACAGUACCACAGCUAAGUCUUUGAAACAUUGAACUUUGAUGACAUCAGUAAGCAGGGAAUUGCUUGAUUUUGGAGUCGAUUAAAAUAACGGCAGAAUUUUGGCGAGACAAAACACCAGAGAGCAUGCGCAAUGAGGUUUUGAAGCUGCGAGUCUGAUAUGACGUCAGAAUUUCAGCUGUAUCACACCAGAGAGCAUGCGCAGUGAAGGUUUAAAGCUGGCUCUGAAAUGACAUCCGAAUUUUUGCUGUAUCACACAACUGCAUACGCAGGUGGGACUUUCAAUCUGGGUCUGAUAAAUUUCAAAUGCCAAAGGCAAACGACUUUUACACUAUCAAUUAAAGAGAGCCUUAAGAAUAUAAAACAUAACUUAUAUAAAUCGGCAAAAUUACACUAUAUGUAAGAUAUGCAAUAACACUAUAUGUGUUAUUGAGGAUAUGUACUUUUAUCAUUUUGAUAA